AUGCACUUAUUUGAAUUAAAAGAACAUAUAGCGAAUUUAGCCGUUAUCACUACUAUUUUACAAUUUUUUUCUGGAAUCCUUGUCUGCAAGCAAUAUGUAGUUAAUCGAACGACCGCAGAGGCUUCAUCUUUCCCGUUCAUUGCCGGCAUUUUAUCUGCUGGUAUUUGGCUUUUAUAUGGACUGGCAAAACACAACGAUAAAAUAGUUAUGGUUAACACUGUUGGUGUUACAUUAAUGAUCUCAUACACAGUUGUGUUUUAUAUCUACACAUUUAAAAAGUCUACAGUUUUAAAACAGAUAACAUUUACUGUUGCACUUCUUCUUUUUAUGAUUUGUUAUAUUUCUAUAGAAGAAGAUAAUGAGAUUCUUUUGACAAGAUUAGGGCUUCUAGCCUGUUCUCUUACCCUCAUAACUGUGGCUGCACCAAUGAGUAAACUGCUGUAUGUCAUUAAAGUCAAAUGUACAGAUUGUUUGCCGUUUCCAAUGAUACUCAUGUCAUUUUUUGUAUCCGCUUUUUGGUCAUUAUAUGGAUAUAUUGAUGAGGAUAUUUAUAUUUUGAUUCCAAAUUCAAUUGGAGGAGUAUUAGCAAUGGCUCAGCUAUCCUUAUUUGCAAUUUAUCCCAGUUUACCUCAUUCAUCUGUACCUUAUAAAAGUAUGGUAGCU